AUGUUCCGAUGUUUGUAUGUACAUGUCCACCGCCCCCUGUCCGACGUAUCACCAACCCCUACCCGAAAACAAACAAACAGCGAUGCUGGUGCGGAGGCCGCGCAACGCCAUGCGCUAGCCCUGAGGUGUCGAGAGUGGGAAGACCGUGACGGAGGCGUGUUUGCCGGGGGGGGACGGCAAGAGGGUGACGCGGGGCGUGGUGCUGGUUGUGAUUCGGGCUUGUUGGACCCGUCGAGUGCUGUCGUCGCGGCGAAGAGGGCGGCGGUGCCAUGCCUGCGUAACCUGGCCAGCUUCGUGUCCAACCAGGGGAGACAUGUGGACGCCGAAGUGGUCCUGCGCACUGUGCUCAACAUCCUCCGAGACUACAAGCAACAGCUCAGCAGCCAGCAUCAUGACGGCAAGGGCAAGCGCGAGGCCGACGCACCUCAACUGGACGGCGGGGGAGGCUUCGGCACCCACUCGGCCUCCUUCACGCCGUCGUCGUUUGAAGAGAGGCGAUCGGACGAAGCACGAGCGGACGUUGGCUCCCCGGCGCCGUCGCCAACGCCCGAAACCCACGACGGCAGCCCCGCAGCACAUCCGACAACAGCACCCCCUCCGUUGUCCGCGGUGCCCGAGGUGGGCAUCGCUGGGCGGUACGAAAGCCUUGGUAGGGAUGGCUCCACGGCCAACCCCACCACCGGCGGUGACGCAUACGAGAGCGGGAACACCCCGGCGGGUUCGCGUCCAAGCGCCGAGACCGCGGGCGGCGGCGGGGGGGGGGGGGGGGUCGAAGGCGACGAUCUAAGGAGCCAAGCUGCACAGGCUACGGCCGCGCUGGCGGAGGAAACGGUGGCGUCGGCGAUGGCGGCGGCCACGAGAGCGGUCGCCGUGAUGGGAGAGACGGCGGCUACGCUAGAGCCUUCCCUCGUCGUCAACCACAACCGCGCGACGAGAAGCGACGCCUCCCCGGCCCCCCCGCCACCGUCCCCCGUCCCCCUGAUGAAGCAGGCCAGCGCCGGCCCGACGGCAGGGAGGCGGGGCGGCAGGCUGGAGGAGAGCAGGCUGCCGGGCAUGAAAUUCGCCGGGGGUGAGAGCGGUGACGACGAGCGGGGCUUGGAGGAUGUCGAAGGAGGGGAGGACGAGGACCCGGAUCAGAUGGCGGCGGUGACAAGACACCGCCUUGCAGUCGUCAUUCACGCGCAGGGUCGAGCGAAAGAGGCCGAGCAGCUCCUGGAGGAUAGCCUCCGCGUCCUCAAGCGGAGAAAGCCGCCUCAGGCGGUGUGUGUCGCCCAAGCGAUGCACGACCUGGCAGGGAUCGUCCGCCCGGCAGACCCCGCCCGGGCGUGCACCCUCUACCGCCAGGCCCUCAAGACCCUCGAGGGGGCCUGCGGCGUCGACCACUUCCUGACGACCCCUACGCUCGCCAAGCUGGGGGCUCUUCUGGGGGAGAGUCUGGUGGCCGCGGCGGACAUCCCCAUAACGCCCGCCCAGCCGGCGGGCCCCGGCUGCGCCGGCAUCCAGCGGAGCGCGGGGCUUGCGGAGGCCGUGUGCGCCAGCGCCGGGUGCGGCGUUGAAGACAGCUCGGCGGUGGCGGCGGCGGCCGGGGUCGACUGGGACCCCAAGAAGGCGGAGGAGAUGAUCAAGCGGGCGGCGUUCAUCCAGGGGAGGUUCCUCGGGCUUCGGCACCCGACGGUUGCGUCGAGCAUGCGCGCGAUGGCGGAACUCUACCGCAGGCAGGGGAGGCUGGCGGAGGCGGAGCCGCUCUUCAGGAGGGCGAUCGGGAUCUGGGAGGUGUCGGGGGGCGAGGGGGGGAUGGACUCCGACGCCAUCGCCGCGCUGCACGGAACCGCGCACUGCGUGCUGGCCGGCGCGGGGGCGGACUGGCUCGGCAGGUUCGAGGAGGCGUUUGCCCUGGUCGAUCAGGCCUACCGUAUCGCCUCGUCGCACCCCGGGAAGUGAGUGUUUUUUUUCUUCUUUUUGGCCGCUGUUUGCAAUAUCUGGUGUCAGCACUCUAGUCUAGCUUCGAUGCGAAGUUGCUUUUUGUUUGUGCUGUUGUUUGCAGUACACGUCCGGUGUCAGCGCCCUCGGCUAACUUCGCUGCGAGGUGAUCGUCGAGUGAGUGCUCUGGUAGGCCGCAUUUUUGUCUGAUAGCGGCUGUCUCGGGAUUUUUUUCGGCGCGAUGUAUAUCGUCGACGGAAGCGUGUUGUUCUGCAUUAUUUAUCCGGUGGCAUUGGCCUCGGCCAGUCGUGUUGCUGCGGUGGGGGUUAAUCGUUCUCCUGGAGUAGGUACAAAGUCGUCGCCACGCCUAUGUCCCUCAUGUCGACA